AUGCCCCAUCAAGGUAAAAAGAGAGAACUUAAAGAAGAAGACAAGCUUCAGGAGGAUAGUGAACAAGAAAUCGACCAACAGCUCUUCUAUGGUGAUGAUGAAAUUGUCCAGGAUAAGACUAUUACAGCAGGGCUCAUCUCAGAUGCACCAAAACUUCCUAAAAAUUUCGAAGAAAGACAAAAUUGGAAACGCCUGAUUGUUAUUUUAGAAGCAUGUCAGCUCCAGAUCACCAAGAAUAGGAGAGGAGAUAACGAGCUUAUUAACUGUGAUGAUCACCAGAGGACUAUCAAAAAUAUGGGCAAGAGAUAUGAAGACUUUAGACCUGAUAUCACUCAUCAAUGCCUACUCUCUCUGAUGGACUCACCUCUGAACAAAGCAGGAAAGCUCCAGGUUAUCAUUAGGACAAAUAAAAAUGUGAUGAUCGAGAUCAACCCUCAUAUGAGAGUUCCAAGGACUUACAAAAGGUUUGCUGGGCUGAUGACCCAAUGCUUGACUAAAUUCAAAAUUAAAGCUGAAGGAAGCCAAACUGUCCUCAUGAAAGUAAUCAAGAAUACAUUCGAUAAGGUCCUGCCAGUUGGAGUCAGAAUGAUAGGAACCUCCUCUAAAGCUAAACUUGUAGAUCUUCAGGAAUAUGUUGAUAACCUUGAAGAGAUGGACAAUGAUAAACCAGUCGCAUUUAUAAUUGGAGGAGUUAGUGUAGGAAAUCCAGCCAUGGAAGUCGAAGGGAUUAGUGAUGCCGUCUGUAUAUCCAAUUAUGGGCUCAGUGCAGCAUGAGUAUGUACAAAACUUUGCUCUGCAUUUGAAGCAGCCUGGGAUGUUCUUUAA